UAAUACUUGUGCUGGUGAGUUGCAGUUAUCCUUUUCUGGGGAAGAGGGCUAGGAGAUACAGAAGGAGGGAGGACAGACAGUCAUACAUACAGGAGUUUGUCAUGAAGGGCCAUACGCAAGAAACACUUGUGAAACAUCAACAGCACCUACAGAGGCAAAGGGAUGUUGUCGCAUACAGGAUGAAGAAGCUGGCAGCAAAGCAGGUUGACGUUACAAAGAAGACCAACGCACUGAAGGAGAAGAUUAAGAAGAAGUAUGAGGACAUGAAGAAGGUUCUGGAUGAGGACCUGCGGAUCACGCUGACCCAGCUGGACAUGGAGUAUCAAGCCACAGAGUGCACCAUUGAGGACAGAAUGGAGCGCUGCUACCACCUCAGUCAGGAACUUGACCAGGAGAUAGCCCAGCUCAGCACCCAAAUGGAGAAAGAGCAGACAUACGACAAGGAUGCUGAAACGGAGAGAAGAAUAGCAGAGAUGAUGAAGGCUACUGAUCCAGAACUGCUUCAGGAGGAUGAAUUUAAGAAUGAACAGCUCUUGAGUUUAACCAUCAACCUCCUGCUUUUCAUCCGGUCCCAGGUCCCUGUCACCAAGAAACUCUUUCAGAGCUAUGCCUCUGAUGUUGUCCUUGACCCUACCACUGCCCACCCGAAACUUAUAAUCUCCCCUAAGGGUGACUUGGUAGAGUACACGGACACCUGGCAAGAAGUCCCAGAGAACCCCUCACGCUUCGACACCACCCUCAACGCCAUCAGCCGGCAGGGCUUCCGAGAGGGCCGUCACUACUGGGAGGUGCAGGUAAGUGGGAAGACCUACUGGGAGAUAGGCCUCACCUACCCAAGCAUCCCACGCAAGGGCCGUGAGGAGGACUGCUGGCUGGGCCGUGGAGACGAGUCUUGGGCAGUGGAGUUCUUUAAUGGGGACUACACAGCAUGGCAUGACAGGGUGGCCCACGCGCUCCCUGUGGUGGCCGGACAGCACUUCACUCGCAUCGGUAUUUACUCCAGCUUCCCCGGGGGUCUGGUGUGCUUCCUUGUGGCUGACACCAUGACCCCUCUCCACUGCUUCUAUGUCGCCACCUUCACCAAUGUCCUCCACCAGGCGGUGUGCCCCGGGCACGACAAUCAGGGGUCCAACUGGAAGCCCCUUAAGAUUUGCGAUGCCUCACGGUCUGCCCCUACCCUCUGAUGGAGGACACAUGCCAAGGGUGGAGGGAAUGGAGGUGGCAUAUAACUUUUGUCAUGUGUUUUUUGUGUGUUAUGAACCAUGCACACCAAGUCUGAUUUUUUUUCUGCACACCUGGCCCGACUGUCUGGUGCUGCAAUGGUAUGUCCGCUUCCAAUCCAAACAAGUUUGACUUCUGUAUGUGUAAAAAAAAAAAAGUGUAUAAAAAAAUUCACUGACCUAUAGCAGAUCAGGCUGACUAGCCUAUAUACAUUUCCAGGAGCUUGAAACACCCACCUAAUGUUGAAACAUUUGUUUCUACACCUUUCGGACUUGGUGUGCAGGCCCUUAGGCAAAGUUUUCAUUUAACUGAAUUGAUUGAUUGUAAAUCCAGGAUUAGCAUGAGUAUGCAAUGUUAGUACGACAAAAAUAACCACACUAUUCAUUUUACAAUAAAAUUCUUCAUGUUUAAUACAAUAAAGUAGUGUUUACAUAGGCAUUCCUUUGAUGUGAAGUAAUUUAAACGUUGUAUUGCCCCAGAUUCAAAAGGAGCCGUAGAUUAUGGCAAUAUUUAGUAGAUUCACAAUAUUUCCUUUUUUAGGGAAUUUGUCUUCCUAUACUAUAUAAUAAUUUUUCUAUUUUUAUUUUCAAACAUAUUCCUGAGGUCAAUAGCAUUUAAACCUGGAAAGCAUUUAAAAUAUGAUUUUCCCCUUCAAUUCCAUUCCAAAACAAGUGGAGCAAACACUCCUUUCAGUACAGGUUGGGCACUUCAUCACUGAUAAGAGAUUCAUGUGUCGAGAGGAUUCAAGAGUGCCAUGUAUGUGAUUGACAGGUAUGUGUAGAAUGGGUAACAUGUCUACUCGGUCGCCAGCGUACUGUUCACUACUAUGGCUUAUAGAAUUAUUGCGUAAUCAUGUAUAAGGCUCUGUCGUAGCCGGCCGUGACCGGGAGACCCAUGGGGCGGCGCACAAUUGGCCCAGCGUUG